GGUGGAGGCGGGCGAGGAGGAGGAGGUGGGGGGGGAUGCGGCGGCGGCUUGGCGGUACGCGCUGCCUGCCCUCGCCUCUUCCCGCGUUGGGCUGAGGCGGCCCCGCACCGGGGUCCGUCCCGUCCCCCCCUUCGGCGGCGGCACCUGCUGCCGGCAGGCGCCGGGCCGCAUGAACAAUAGGCGGCGGUACCGGCCCCGCCGCCCCCCGCAGCGCCCGGCUGCCGCGGGCGCCUCCCCCUAUGGAGCAGCCUCGCCAUGGAGCCCCUCACAGAGCUCAGCCAGGAGGGCGCGGGCGGCGGGGAGCCGCCGGGCGGCGGGCCGCUAUGGACCGCCGUCUUCGAGUACGAAGCGUGCGGCGAGGACGAGCUGAGCUUGCGGCCGGGGGACGUGGUGCAGGUGCUGUCCCGGGACUCGCACGUGUCCGGCGACGAGGGCUGGUGGACGGGCAAGAUCGACCAGCGCGUCGGUAUCUUUCCCAGCAACUACGUGAGCAGCGGCGUGCAGGGGGGCGGCCCGGAGCUGCGGACCCGCUAUCCGCCGCCCCCCGCCAUACAGCUCCUGGAGAUCGACUUCUCGGAGCUUGUUCUGGAGGAAAUCAUUGGCAUAGGGGGCUUCGGAAAAGUGUAUCGAGCUGUAUGGAUAGGAGAUGAGGUUGCUGUCAAGGCAGCUCGCUAUGACCCUGAUGAGGACAUCAGCCAGACCAUUGAGAAUGUCCGCCAAGAGGCCAAGCUCUUUGCAAUGUUAAAGCAUCCCAACAUCAUUGCCCUCAGGGGCGUGUGUUUGAAGGAACCUAAUCUUUGCUUGAUCAUGGAGUUUGCCCGUGGAGGAUCGCUAAACAGAGUAUUGUCUGGUAAAAGGAUACCCCCUGACAUACUAGUGAACUGGGCAGUACAGAUUGCGAGGGGAAUGAACUACCUGCACGAGGAAGCAAUUGUUCCCAUCAUUCACCGUGACCUGAAGUCCAGCAACAUACUGAUACUCGAAAAGGUGGAAAACGGAGAUCUGAGCAACAAGAUAUUGAAGAUCACGGAUUUCGGCUUGGCCAGGGAAUGGCAUAAAACUACCAAAAUGAGCGCAGCUGGGACAUAUGCCUGGAUGGCUCCUGAGGUCAUCCGCUCUUCCAUGUUCUCCAAAGGCAGCGAUGUGUGGAGUUAUGGUGUGCUGCUUUGGGAACUGCUAACAGGAGAAGUACCGUUCCGAGGAAUUGAUGGUCUUGCAGUAGCAUACGGUGUUGCCAUGAAUAAACUUGCCCUUCCCAUCCCUUCCACAUGUCCAGAGCCUUUUGCCAAACUCAUGGAAGAUUGUUGGAACCCUGACCCACACUCACGACCUUCCUUUGCCAGUAUCCUAGACCACCUCACCGCCAUAGAAGAGUCUGGUUUCUUUGAAAUGCCCAAAGAUUCCUUUCACUCCCUGCAGGAAGACUGGAAACAAGAGAUCCAAGAGAUGUUUGAUCAGCUCAGAGCCAAAGAAAAGGAGCUGCGUACAUGGGAAGAAGAGCUGACUCGUGCUGCUGUUGAACAGAAGAACCAUGAAGAGUUGCUACGAAGGCGGGAACAGGAACUGGCAGAACGUGAGAUUGACAUCCUGGAAAGGGAGCUCAACAUCAUCAUCCACCAGCUGUGUCAGGAGAAGCCUCGGGUGAAGAAACGCAUGGGGAAGUUCAAGAGGAAUCGGCUCAAGUUAAAAGAUGGCAAUCAUAUCAGCCUGCCCUCAGAUUUCCAGCAUAAAUUCACUGUGCAGGCUUCUCCAACGAUGGAUAAAAGAAAAAGCUUGAUCAGUAGCUGCUCCAGCCCUCCUGCAAGUCCUACCAUUAUUCCCAGACUCAGGGCCAUACAGUUGACUCCUGCUGAAAGCAGUAAAACGUGGGGACGAAGCUCAGUCCUUCCAAAGGAGGAAGGAGAGGAAGAAGAGAAGAGAGGCCAGAAGAAAAAGGGACGCACUUGGGGACCAAGCUCACUUUGUCACAAGGAGCUAGGUGCAGGAGAAGAUGGUCUGAAAGCUCUGGUAGAAGGAUACAAACAGUGGUCAUCCAGUGCACCGAACCUUGGGAAGAUCCAGAGAACUGCACCUGCUUUUCCAGGAUUCACCAGCUUAGCAGAGAUGGAUGAUGAAGACAGCGAAUGUCUUAAUGGGGAGGGCAAAGUGCACCCUUCACCUGGGCACAAUCAGUCAUACCUCUGCAUCCCAUUUCAGAAGAAUGAAGACUGGGAUGGCCCUUCUAGUGAUGCCAAUGAGGAGUCCACCCCUGUGAACUCUGCUACUAGUACCCCACAGCUGACGCCCACCAACAGCCUCAAACGUAGCGGCUCCCACCACAAGCGAUGCGAGGUUGCAUUGCUUGGCUGUGGAGCAGUGCUGGCUGCUGCAGGCCUGGGAUUUGAUCUGUUAGAAGCAGGGAAGUGUCAGCUACUGAUUGAGGAGGAGCCAGAGGCACCCAAGGAAGAGAAGAAGAAGCGUGACAGCAUUUUCCAGCGAGCUGGACGCCCACGCAGGAGCACUAGUCCACCUUCCCGAAAGAUCUUCAAGAAGGAGGAUCCCCUGUUGUUGCUAGGCGAGCCAUCCACAUCCCUCACCCUUCUUUCCCUGUCUUCCAUUUCAGAAUGUAAUUCCACCCGGUCCCUGCUGCGCUCAGACAGUGAUGAGAUUGUGGUGUAUGAAAUGCCUGUCAGCCCAGUGACAGUCAAGGCUCCCUUGCCAGUCAUUACCAACCCACUAGUCAAUGUCCAGAUUGAGCGGUUCAAACAAGACCCCAACCAGUCCCUGACUCCCACGCAUGUGACAGUCUCCUCCCACACCCAGCAAAGCGGGCACAGGCGCACCCCUUCUGAUGGGGCCAUCAAAGGGAGUGGACUAGUUGUCAAUGGGUGCCCAACCAGUGGAUGCCCUUCCAGUAGCUGUUUAACUGGAGCACUGGGAGCAGGUGUAUUAAAAACACCUAGUCCAAGCAGAGAUCCCAGUGAGGUCCCUCGCCUGCCAGACCCCAACCUUGUUUUUCCUCCAACCCCGAGACGAUGGAAUGCACAGCAGGACCCCACACUGGAAAGACCCAAGACCUUGGAGUUCCUGCCCCGGCCACGUCCUGCAGCCAGUCGGCAGCGGCUUGAUCCCUGGUGGUUUGUGUCGCCCAGCAAUGCCAAGGGUGAAUCUUCUGCCAACAGUUCAAGUACUGAUACUCCAAGCAAUCUGGACUCCUGUUUUGCUAGUAGCAGCAGCACUGUAGAAGAGAGACCUGGACUGCCUGCGCUGCUUCCUUUCCAGGUGGGUCUUCCUGUAGAGGAGCGGACACUGUUGGACAUAGAUGCUGAGGGGCAGAGCCAGGACAGCACCAUUCCGCUAUGCAGAAGUGAACUUAACACACACAAAGCUGCAGCAUAUGAACUCAAGCAGGAAUUCUGGUCUUAGUAUGAAAUCCACUGGGGACAGUGAGCCCCUCUAAAUUCAAUCCUACUUUUUGCACUGAGAAUGCACUUUGAAGACAGAUGAGACGGAGAGAUGCUAUGGAGAUCAUAUGGUGCUGCCUCUGCUGAAGAUGUGUUGUUUGACUGCCUGAUUUUUGCCUGCAGUUGGAUGAAACUUGGCAACUCUGAGCUGCUGACUUUUGCUGUGGGGUUUUUCUGUAGUCUUCCCUGCCCUCUUAUGGCAGUUUGAAUCUGCAAUGAGCUAAAAUUAUCAUAUCAAAGUCUUUGUUACUGACCUUGUAGGAUUUGGCACUUGCAGUACGUAUAUUUGUAUCUAUUCUGGUAUUAAUCAGUAUUUUCAAAACUCAAAUAUUACACUACAGCAGACACCAGUGUUUGAUGUUUUCCCAAGGAAUCCAGGACAGAAACAAGUACAUAUCUGGAGACUAUCUUGUCUGAAAUGUAUUCAGAUCAUUAGGUAGGCUUGGGAAUCAUGGUACCCCACUGGAGGAGCAGAAGUAGCUAUCUUAGACUUGCUUGUCCUCUUUUGCUCAUGUGAUAGCGCAAGGUGGAACAGAUUGCAGAGGAAUGGCAUGGCAUCUCCACUGAUGGAGGGCUCUGAGAACAGACUUAACUAGACUGUUGGGAACAAGUAGGUGUGGUUUAUCCUGGCUUCAAGGCAGGUUGGAUGGGCUUAAGUGAUCUCUUGAGGUCCCUUUCAGCUCUAUUUUUCUAUGGCCCUGUGCUUUCAAAAAGAAUGAAGGUUUAUGGUAUGGCUGUUUACUCUAGCUUGCUUUUUUGUUUCAAACUUUGGUUUCAUCAGCCUCCUCUUCUCACCCCCUGUAUCCCAGGCUCAUAGUCAAGCUGCCUCAGCUUUGGGAAGGGAAUUAGCAGGAACUCUUUCUUUAAAGCUCUGUUGGCUUGCAGAAGUAAGUUGUGUCCCCUCACGCUUGUUGGUUUGUGGUUUUUUUUUUUUUCUUUCUUCCUAUUUUUCUUCCUUUCUUAUGCUUUUUAGGAGUGGUCCUUGAAACCCAAUACUGUUCUUAUGCACACUGAUACUUGUUUAAAGCUCUUUUGAAAUUGAGGCUUGUUAGCAGUUGAGUUGUUCAAACAAGAAUUGGAACAUCUGGAUUCUGUUUUAUUUUGUCACUGACUCACUGUGUGACCUUGGGCAAAUAAUGUAACCUCUGUGCCUGAAUUUCCCCGUCUGUAAAUAAUAGGAAUAAUACCUACCUCACAGGGGGAGGGGUUGGGACAUAUGUAAUAGGUACAAAGUCCUCCUAGAUCUUUGAGUGAAAGGCACUAUAGGCAUGUAAAACUUUAUUCUUGUUCAAAUAUGUAAAAACUCCUAGCUCUGGAGCAAGAACAGACCCCUGUCUUGAAGGAUGAAGUCACACAAGUAGGGUGUGCCUAUGCUCACAGUUUUCUGUACAGAGACUUGCAAGUGUGUCUGUGCCUCUGCAGGUAUAUAUUAUUGGCUUUAAUGAGAGCUUCACUCUUCCCUAGUUUUGGCAUUAUAAAUAAGGGAUGUGGCUUUUAUAUGAGUGUAAUAGGGUAGUCUGCUUUAUUGCAGGGUACAGCAUAUCUGUUCAUUCUUUUUGCACAGAUCUGUGCUCAUUUGGCUAAUCUACUGGCCAUUUGGGUGCAAAUAACUGAUUUGACAGUGCUGCCAAUGCAGUGCUCAAACUGUUAGGGCAGUCCAGUCCUUGUGAAGGCAGUGUAGCUGAAUACUUUCUUGCAGCUAUCAGCACAGAGAACCUGUGUGUUUAGGUGUUUGUAACCUGAUGUUAAAAACCAGCAUGUGUGGGGAAGUACUGUACCUCAGGUUUUUUAACUCUGAGGGCUAAAACCAGCAUAUUGCUAUUAGUCAAGUGCACCCUUUUUUUCAAGCAAUUGCAGUAUGUUUUCAUGUAGAAAGGCCACACAUUGUGUUUAUCGCAUUCCAUGAAACAUGUUUAAUGGCAGAUUUACUUUUUGCUGCCUUCCCCCUUGAAUGCUUUAGGGCUAGCCCUAACGAUGCUACACCAGCUGCUGAAGCUGGAUAGACUGUUGAUUGUGUAGGCAAGGUAUUCUGAUGUGGGGCUAAGAUACUCUGAAAAGAAAACUUGUGUUUCUGACACUUCAGUUAAAUGUAGACCUUUAGCAUUAUGCAUUUCUUAGGCAUUAAUCCUUUUGCUUUCCAUUUCUGAAAACUCGGUUUGUGAUCCAGAGACUAAAAAAAAAAAGGCAAAACCCACCCAAGCAGAUGAUCAAGGAAAGCCCAGUCAGAGGCUAUGUCAGAGGGACUCAAAAGCAGGAGAUUAAAACUAUCUGUUCUUCAUAGUCUCCCUUACCAUUUUAAAAAUAUUGAAACAAAACUAGAUCAGCUGUUCUGGAAUGUAAUGUUUUCUGUCCAAAAACUAUCCUUGCAAAUGUCCUAGGAAGCAUCAUCUGUUCUGCAAAGACAUCACCUGGAAGAGCUCCGUUCAGACAGAAAUCUUUAAAAUACAUUUACUUGCACAGAAUGGGAGGUUACCUUUCUAAGUCACAGUGUUUUAACUCAGUUCACUAAACUUUCUGAUAGUUGGCCAGUUGCUUUCACCAAGUGAACCAUAAGGUUUCUGUCAAGUUCCCAGCAGGCAAGACAGUUGUGUUGUCACCUCUGACUUAGGAAAUUUGAGAAUGAGGUAUUAAAGCCCUUUGCCCCUCUCACCCUUUUAGAUAAUCACUUGGUGAAAGUGUUGUGUAGCUGACCUAUUAGAAGUAUUUUACUCUGAAGAGCAUCUUCCCCAACACCAAAUAGAAAUUGCUACGUCGAAGGACCUGGGUAGAGCAGAUAACAAGGAGUCAAGGAUCCAGAUCAGGGUUUCCAACCUAGAUAUUGUCUAUUACAAAGGGGCCAGAAAGACUAGGGGGAAACAUAAUGUUUGGGUGGGUUUUUUUGUGUUUUAGGGGUUGGGGGUUUUUUUGGGUUUUUUUGUUUGGGUUUUUUUUAGGGGUGGGUGUGGGUGGGUGGGUUUGGUUUUUUUUAAACACUCCUUGGAUGCAACUAUCUUCAUAGUCUAGCAUGUGAAAUAAAAUGAGGUAGUCUUUGAGUAUCAACCCAUAACUGUUUUCCAGUUGGGAGCCCCGUGGCUAACCUGAGGUAUGAGGCAAGAGGAUUCUUGCCAUUGGCUUUAGCAUGUGGUGGGGUAUUCUCUGGCAGGUAGUCAAGGCAAAGAGUUGUCAGGUGUUUUACCUUGAGCAUCCCAAAAGCUGUUGCAACUGGUGUCCUGAGGCCCAGAGGCUAUGUGCAUGUUUAAGCUAGCUCGUAACCUCUCCCUAUAUCCAUCUAUCCCAUCCUGGCUUGAUUUCCCUGCUUUCUUAAUAUGUUGGGUUUUUUCCUUCCCACGGUGGGAGCUGAGGUGUGCUCCAAAUCUCCAAAGCAGUGCUUCACUGUAGUCCACUAGACACUGAGAAGAUAUGAGCCCAUCAGCUCACAAAUCUUUUUUUUUUCUACUGGUUACUAGUAUUCCCAUUUGUCAGGGAGACAAAAGUUUCACAAUAUUGUUGAUUGCCAUACCUUUCUAGCAGCAUUCUUGAAGAUGGUGAAAAUCUUGGUAUAAAAAAAUUCUAAUAAAUGUAUUGUUUCCUAAAUAUCUGAAUAAGUUGCACUUUUUUGCUGAGAAAAUGAGAAAAAGAUCAUGACAGCACAAAAUCACGGAGCAGUCUAAAACAUAAUGACAAAAGAAUGGUGUAAAAUGUGUUAAAGGGUUCACAAAGAGGAAGUGACGUUUUUUAACUGAUAGUAAUGAUAGUAAGAUUGUUGCUGAGAGAAAUUUUUCUGGUCUGGAAAUGUAUAUGUAUUUUCUUUUAAACAGUCAGCUGGCAGUGUGUGCCACUAAUCUGUGUAACUGCUGUGCUGGUUUAGGAAAUAGAAAAAAGUUUGCCAGCCCUUCAAAAUACGCUGUCUUUGUAGCCUGUUUGUUUUGCUGUGAAAUGGGGGAAAGCACAGACGUAGCAACCAGUGCAAAAAAUGAAAAACUUUUUGAUAAAUUUCUGCUGGUUUCACAGAAAUUGAGUGUGGGAUAGGUAGAGAGAAGAAAGCUUUUGUGUCAAAACUAAGGUGAUAGUAGUUAUGGAUUUUUUUUUCCUAACAAUGUUGCUUCCUAUGGAUUGCACAAUACUCUGUUUUGCCAGCAAGUAGACCUUCUUUCCCUUCAGUCUUUUUCAGAGGUGCAAAUGUAACUUUUCUAUAGGUAUUUUUUUCCUUCAGAUUACUAUUGCAAUGGGUUGACAGUAUGGGGCAGGGAACCUCAGUGAAAAUAUUCUUUUUGGAAUGGUUUUCUAACAGUGAGCAUUUUCAAAGUGAAUUUUUCAUUAUUGAUGUGCAAAGACCUGUUCUGGUUUGGCACGCUUUUAUGACAAAAUUUCAUUUUUCUAUACCUCUAGGAAUGGGAGUAAUUGCCUUCCUCUUCAUAGCAUGCUGUUACCCUAAGACUUUAUGGACAAUACUGCAUAGAGAUGUUACUUUGAUUUGUCAUGAAACCGGAUACCUCUCAUUCUGUUGAAGGUGAGGCAGUAAUGGUCAAGUAAAGAAAGGUCUUUGCCAUCUGGAGUGCUCUGUUCAAUAGAAAAUGGCGGGAAAUCUCUCUUCUUGAGUCACCUUUCUAUAUUGAGCUUAACUUUUAUUUGAAACUUAAUUUCUGUGGGAUGAAUACUGGAGUUGGAGUCCCAUCAGAUGUAUGGGACCCAAACCUAAUAUUGUAUCCCAAAAUUCAAUGAUAGCCUGUUACUUUUGUAAGUAAUUCUAAGCUAAUAUUAAUGGUAUUGUUUCUUUUGGGUUUUUUGAAACCUUUCUUCUUGGAAAAAGAGCUUAUUGCUUUCUAACCUUUUCCAUGCAUUUUGGAAAUACUCUCAAGAACUCUUACCAGCUCUGUGGCAAAUACGGAGGAGGCUUGUGUCUUGCACAGUGAUCCAGGUCCUCCUUUUGGCUUCCCUUUUUUCAGUAUGAAACAAGGAUGCCUAUCUUUGGAAAUGAAGGUUUCUGUUCCUUACCCAGUUGCUGCAGAACAAUUUAUUAGCUUCCAUGUUUAUAACUCACUUAAGGCUAUAAUUUGGGUAAAACUGGACAUUAAGAGUGAGGGGAUAGGCAUGUAUUAAAACAUAUUUGCAAUCAAGUAAUAAAUUCAGCAUGUAUGUGGAAAGAGAAUCAAAAUAUACUCAUUCUGUCACAGAGGAUAACUUUUCAGACUUCAUAAACCUUUGGUUGAUCAUAUAUUUAAAAUAUCUUUAGGAAAGAAUGCCUUCCUAUGUUUUUCUGUUUGCUAUUGUAAGGGUAGAAUAUGGUGGUUUGCACGGCCAGUGGUAUUGUAUCUAGCUGGACAGAGAGGAUCUUUAACCAAAUUUUUAUCUUUUUUAGUUUUUUCCUAUUUCAAAUCCAGUUUGUGGUUUAGAUUUUCCUUUUUUUUUUCUUUUUUGUGGUUAACCAACAAGACAGUUUUAAGAAGAACAACUGUUUAUUGUUUCCUCAGCCCUACUUUCACAGUUUUGUGACGCAGUAUAGAACUGCAUUUAUGGCUUAUUCUGCGGCUCCCUCUAUUGAACACACUAGUAGAAAGUCAUAUGCUGCAGUUAAAAUGUGCAUUUGCUUUUGUUUUUUCUCAUGUUCAGCUUUUUUAAGCAGCUUUGCCAUUGGUCAGAGGUGAAUACAGCUUCUGAAAUGACCUACAUCAGCUUUAUUUUUGUAUGUUAAAAAUAGUCAUUCCCAGGCUAAAAGGUUUGUGUGUGCUGGAUUGAAAGGUAAUUUCCCACUGGUGACUGGGUGGUGGGUCUGAUGUAGCUACCAGAAUUAUUGUUCCUCUCUUAUAAGGAUCUCCCUUUUUUUGCAACUGGAAAGUCUUCAGCAUUUCGUCCAUGUUUGUAUACGAGAAACACAUUUCAUCUCCUUUUGUACAUGCAUGAAAAAUCUUUUUUUCUUUGGUUUCAAAUGACUAGGAAUAUAAUUUUCCUACUGAGAAUGGCUUCUUGGACUGUUUGUUUUGUGUUUGGUUUUGUGGUGUGUUUUGGUUUUGUUUUUUAUUUAAGCCUGUGAAAUACAUAUGUAUGUUUCAGUGCAUCCUAUAUUCCUAGGUGCCUUCUAUCUCACAUGCCUUCUUGCUAGGGCCUGAGGCUGUUUUUUGAAGGGCACUCCUGGUUGUAGGUUUCAGUACUGUAGUGUUCUUCACCACACACCAAGCCAAAUACCAGCCCAGUAAACAUUUCAUGCCUUCCCAUUUACUGAUGUGUGUACACUCUUGUGGAAGGAUGUGUGCUAUCACUGGCUCUCCUUAUCUCUUGAUUAGAAUUCUGCUUCUAUCCCAUCUUUAUCGGUUUUUAAUUCUUGUUACUAUAGUACUUGGGGGCCUAAGACAGAAACCAAUACAUGUUUUACAUGUGCUUUGACCGAAAAUGUUUCCAAGCAGGAGCGUAAGACACAACUGGGAGAAGUGAAAGUGGAGGUUGGCAGGAAAUAGCGAAUAAUUUCACUCAAUUAUCCUUCUUAAUGUGAUAAGCAGUAAGAGGAGAGGGGGGUACUAUAUGCUUGGUAAUCUCUUGGCAUCAUAGGCAAAUUGGGUCCUAAAGAAGAAUUUGAGGAAUGUUUAUUUACUUAACUUCUGGUUGGUUUGUUUCAUUUUACCUUGAGCUACCUCAUUUGUAGAGAUGGAGUGGGAAGGAAGCAUAAGUUUUGGCAGUAAUUGCUCUAGGUAGGCAGUUGAGGCUGGAAUGAUGGGAGGACAGAGGCAAAUGCUUGUAUUUGGCUCUUUGACAUUCAAAUUCCUGAUGGAAAAAUAAAACCAGCAAUUCAGUUUUGUAAGUUAAGAUUAUACUUGCUUUUACUAUGUAUGUCUCCAAAAUAAUAAAUGACUAGGCAGGGCGUUUUGCCUGAUGGUUUCUGACCUGUGGAAGAGCUGAUUGUUCACAGACUAAAAAGGGGUGAUUUCAUAUUGGUCACUACUGCUUUUAAAAGUGAAGGUCUGUUUUUUGAAAACAGAUUUUUGUUUUUAAAUAAUCUUGUGUGCUCUUGAAGUGGACCUACACACAAUCCUGAUUGUUUCCCUGUAUUUGCAGUAUCGUUUUCCUAACGUAUCAGAUCCUAAUACAGUCCUUAUUGUAUCUGAAUGCUAAUAAUGUGCAGACAGCCCAAUAUAGCUAAUAUUAAGAAACCAUGACACAUUUUUAGUGUGUAGUGGAUGUAUAAGCUCAGCUUGAAGUGGGCUACUGUUAGGCCUGUAGCUGAUGGGUCAGAUGGAUGCAUAGCUAGCAAAAGGGGGCUUAGAACAAAUCUGCAGAAGGAAUGCCAAAGUUCUGUUUGCUUAAAAUAAACUAUUUGAAACUAUUUGGAAAAUAAUCGGGGGGGUGGGGGGGUGGGGUGUAGGCCCUUCAUUAUAUAGAAAUACUUUUCUAGGAUCUUGUCCAUGCUCAAAACUUAGCUUUCAGGAUAGCUAGUGAGAACCUACAUUGUGUUCAAAAGUUGUUGGCUGAAACCCCAACGUAAGACCAGAAUAAUGCAUUUUAUGUAUGCUAUUUCAGAGUGAUUGGCACUCUCUGUUCUACCUUGAUUGUUCCAGUUUAGCGUUUUCUCAAGAACAGAUGUUGAGAUCGGAUAAAGCUAAGCUUCUUGUCUUGAAGAGACAUAUGGGUCUAAGAAAGAAGCAGCAUUGUUCUAGCUAUGUCCUGGUGCUUUUUUCUCCCUCUCGCUGUCUUAGCAGCAGAGGUUGUAAUGGAGCAGGUAAACAUGCUGGUGUUUAUCCAAGCUUCAUUGAUAAGAAUGCUGCUAACAACAGACUUCAGUGUAUAAAUGGACAGGUUUUUUGGGAACCCUUGUACUUGGCUUCUCCUCACUGAGGACAAACCUGGCUUCUGGUUACUCUUUGGAAUAGCAGAGUUGCACAGUGAGGUUCUUGAGUUUAACUACAGCUGGAGGAGAUCUGAGCUUCUUUCUUGGGUUCUUCUGGAACUUGGAUGUGGCCACUUCUCAACUUGGGUAAUGUGUUCUCUCCCAGGCCCAGUCUGUGAGUGAGCUGUCACCCUCAACUGAUUGCCCAGACGUUCACAGUAGGCUUGUUCUUCUGUCUUGCAGGCUUUAGCGAGCAGCUCUUACAAUGUCAACUGGGUUAGCAUUUGCAUCUGAAUAGGGCAGCUAGUACCUCUGAGCUGACUUUUCACACUGCAUCUCAAGCAGAUGUUACUGCAUCAGUUCUGCCAUUGCUGUUUUCAAGGUUAUCUUGACAACCAUAACAUCUGGAAAUCCUAGACUGUAAAGACUAAAGCCACAGCAAAAAAAAGGAAGGAGGAAAAAAGCAUACAGGUCUUGUGCAACAUAGGUCUCUUUGGAGGAUGGCUAAAUUUGAAGUGGAGAAUAUAGCUAGAUCCACUUAGUCAGCAGGCACCAGUGCCCCUCGUAUUUGGCAGCUAUAAUAAGAUACCACGUAAAAACAAGAUCAUCUAGUAGUAAAAAUUCAUAUUUAGGAUAAUUAAUUUUUAACUGGAAAGGGAAGAGGCCUCAAUUCAAGAAAGCUCUUCAUCAUAUACUUAUAUUCCACUGACUUCAGUGACAUUUAUCUGUGGGUCAAAAUGCACAAGACCCCAAUUCAGCAAAGCUCUUUUAAUCCAAACUGGGGGAUUGUGCUGUAGAGAUUAAUGGUGAAAGACCAGGCUCCGUACUUUGAUUGUCUAAGGAAAGAGUCAAUUUACCUGAGGAAAGAGUUCCUUCACAAGCCUCUGGGUAAAUGCUUUUGGGUCCGAUUGCUGACUUUUGUGGCCUUUCCAUGACUGCACAUGCCAUGCCUAUUUGACUGCUAAUUCUUACCAUAAAUGGGGUAAGCUUUGAGAAUGUUUUCUGACACAGGAGGAAAGAGCAAGGACCUCUGCGUUAGCAGAUUGCUAGCUGUAAAGGGGCAGCAAGUGGUGCAUGGAGGUUGUAUGUGCAAAUGUCAAUUUAACCUGAGGCCUUUUCUCAGGUGUUUUUUCUCAUUUCAAAAAUGUAUCCCUCCAGGCUGGUGGACAGACCUGACAAGUUCAGCAGUGAUCAACAUCCACCACUGUUACUAGAGUUCUUGGGUUCUUGUUUGUCAGCUGUUGGAGCAGCACUUUGAGCUGGUAUAUAUUAUUUCUUUGUCAAUAAUUCAGGACAAACUGGAAAUAUCUGAGAUAUUUUGCCGGACUUAAGUUGAGAGGCUUAUAUGGAGUGGGCAGGGCAACAGCAGUGGAGAAAUCAGGGAAAAUACCUGUGCUUUUUAACAAUGUUUCUUCUGUGGCUUUGAAAGUCCAGGAAUUUCUCAGCCGGAGAAUGUAUUUCCUCCCUCUUUUUAUAAGCUACUUCUUUCUUUUUGCCUUAUUAAUUGUGGAUCUGCUCCUGCUUCUAUUUAAAGCCAGAUGCAAACAUCAGUGACCUGACUUUCCUAGGUACAGUGUUGUAAAUCCGAAGAACCAGGUGAGUAGAUUACUCUAGUGUAAGAUCAUGUCCUCAUGUCUGCUCUUUUGAGAUACGGGAUGGUUCCUGCUUCUGUUGAAAUCGCUGUGUGGAGGGUGUUGGGUACUUCAUAAGGAACUCCGAACUGCAGGACUGGGAUUCAUCUUACAGCUUAAGUAUUUCAGUCUGGUUUUGGAGACCUCUGUAUGUCUUCUCUUCUGUUCAUGGUGUUCAAAAGUGUUGCUAUGGAAGUAGCACCUGAAGGUAUGUUUUGCCCGAAGAACCUGCAAUGAAGCAGUUACAUUAGCAAAUGGUAAUGUACCCCAGAGUUAAGUAAAAUAACAGAGGCCACCAAGUUUUUCUUGUUUGUGUGAUGAAAUGUUGUCAAAUUAAGUGAUUUGUUGGAGCCUUCCUUUAACUUCUGUACAGCAGUAAGUUUAGAGGAAAAGAAGAUUGCAUUAUUUUUAAAAAAGCUUUAUUUGUGACCCGGACUUGUUGCCUCUGACCCUCUUGGGCUUAAAUAGUUAAAUUAUAUUAAUGUCCAGUUUGUUUCACUGUAGGUAACACAUCAACUGAAUACUCUUGUGCAUAAUCUACUGUAUCUUUCCUCUGUUCUGUGUCGAUGUAUUAUGUGUAUUUGGAUUACAGUUCUUUUUUGUAUUAAAUUAUUUUAUGUUAUAGAACAAUAUUUAAGCAAAGCAAAGAGCUAAUGGAAGUUGUUGGCGUUUUGGGAUUUCUUUUCUCUUUGCUCUUUUUUUGGAUGUACUGUAAAUUGUAAACCAAGGAUGCCAAGCAGGCUUGGUUCAAUGGCUAAAAAUUAUUGUAUUACAGUGUAAUGCUGAUCUAGGCCUUGUCUCAACACUAGAGCACACAGACUUGAAUAAAACUGUUAUAAAAGUGA